AGAGAGAGAGAGAGAGAGAGAGAGAGAGAGAGAGAGAGAGAGAGAGAGAGAGAGAGAGAGAGAGAGAGAGCCGUUGCAUAGGUGUAUUUGUUUAUUGGGUGAGACUGACAAACUAAACAACGUGCAAAGCGUAUUAGUGAAUAGUGAAAUGUGUAUAAACUGGUAUUAAAAUGGGUCUACAGGAAAGAAAACAGAAGAUCUUUUACAGGAAAACCAAGAAAGGAAAUAUCCUUAAGAUUGUACGGGAGCACUAUCUCCGAGAUGAUGUAUGGUGUGGCCUUGAUGGAUGUGGUGCUUGUGAAGGAGACAAAAGACCUUUGGAUAUGCUAACUACCAGUGACAGCACUCUUAUGACAGAGCCUCAUCAUCUCAUUAUUGAUACAAAUGUAGCACUUCAUCAAAUUGAUGUUUUAUCCCAUGACAGCAUCACAAAUGUUAUAAUCCUGCAGACUGUAAUUACUGAAGUGAAACAUCGCUCUCUUCCUGUCUAUAAGCGUUUGAGAGAUCUCCUAGAUACCCAUAACAAGAAGUUUUAUGUUUUCACAAAUGAACAUCACAGUGAUUGUUAUGUAGAAAGGGAGGAAAAGGAAUCAGUCAAUGAUAGAAAUGAUCGAGCAAUACGUAUAGCCACUUGGUGGUAUAAGCACCACUUUAGAAUGAACAAUCAGAAUGUAGUUCUCAUCACCAAUGACAUUGACAAUCGGGAUAAAGCACGUCAGUUGGAAGUUGAAGCUUACACAAGUUUUGUAAGUCUAUCAUCAAGUCUCGUGGAGAAUUGAGUUAUGAACAAGCUCAACAAAGAAUUGAUGAUCCAGCUAUGAAAGAUGACUUGACAGAAUCUCUACGAAAUCUCAAUAUGCUUGCAAAGCAAAUAAAAACCAAGAGAAUAGAAAACGGAGCUUUGGUGCUGGCAAGUAUGGAGGUUAAAUUCCACAUUGAUCCUGACAAUGAUACAGUAAUAGAUAUUGUGGCAAAACAGCAUUUGGAGACAAUGAGUAUGGUAGAAGAAUUCAUGUUGCUGGCAAAUGUCACAGCUGCUGAGACCACACUUCAGCAUUUCCCUGAUUGUGCUCUGUUGCGUCGGCAUCCAGCACCUCCUCCAUCCAACUUUGAGCCAUUGUUAGCUGCAGCAAAAAGUCAGAAUAUCACACUAGAUGUCAGUAGCAACAAAACUUUAGCCAACAGCUUGAAUAAGUCUACAAGGGAGGACAACCCAUUCUUCAACAGUAUGCUGCGAAUUAUGACAACAAGGUGCAUGAUGCAGGCUGUGUAUUUCUGCUCAGGAACUCUGGAACCUGAAGAGUACAGUCAUUAUGGUCUAGCUACACCUACAUACACUCACUUUACAUCACCAAUCAGAAGAUAUGCAGAUAUCAUUGUGCACAGACUAUUAGCAGUCAUCAUAGAAGCUGAACGUACAUACCCAGAACUUCUUGAUCCUAAGAAAUUGUCUGAUUUGAGCCAGCACAUCAAUUACCGGCAUAAAAUGGCUCAGUAUGCGGGUAGAGGCUCAUCAGAAAUUACAGCUAUUGCGUCAUUAAAGGGAAAAGUGUCAGAAUUUAUGUCUUAUGUGUUAUUCCUACAUAAGAAUGCUAUCCAAGUUUUAGUACCAACAAUUGGCCAGCAGUUGACUUUGUAUUUAGAUAACCGACACAAAAGGAAAGAGGAGAAGCAGGCACCAAAACAAGAAGCCAUGGAUGUUGAUGAGGUGCCUGCACCAGAAUUUGAAUUUAACGAAAAGGAACUGUAUGUUCAGUGUGGAGAACUCAUCAUUCGUCCAUUUGAUGAACUCAGAGUUCAAGCAAGUGUUGAUGCUUCAGACGUCCAACAUCAGCGUGUUGUGUGCAGGCUUGUAGAACCAGUCAUUCCUGGUUUUUCUGUGCCUCCAUUAGAAAAGGGAAGUAAGCAAGCUGAUAAAGAUGAGAAACAGAAAGAUAAACCUGUAGAAGGUCCAAAGGAUGAAAAAACAGCUGUAGCACUUCAAGUUUCUGAAGAAAAAGAAACAAAGAAAAAGAGAGAAACUAAAGACAAAGAAAGAAAGAAAAAGAAAAUGAAAAAGUAAGGUUCUGAUUGAAUGUAUGCUAAUUUUAAAAUUUUUUGUAUGUUAAGAUUUUAAAAUAAAUUCCAAAGAAAUU